GAGCCAAGUCGAGAUCGUCAACAAGAAAAACAUGGCUACAGGGAAAUCGGAACCAGCCUUAAUCCGCUUUGAUGAGACAUCCAAUUUAUGGCCCGAGCCCUUCUCCACCCUAAUCAAUUGCAUUUUCCCACUGGAAUAUGUGUAUUCCGAUUGGUUUCAAUGGCAAGCAAACAUUGAGGCUCAACGCAGAGAUCCAGAAUUUCCCGGCAGCUUACCUGGAGACUGUUUUGAGGCUGGAAGUCGCGUUGAAGGGUUUUGCAUUCCCCAGUUCCUCCUCAGGAACAGUGACAUUGAUCAAGUGAACGCACGUGCUCUUGAUAUCAAAGAACAGUGGCUCCCUGAUCUUGACUUAAUGAAAGUUGUUGAUUCAUUUGUUGAAACAAAUGAAAAGAGCCGGAUACCAAUAUUCACUGUUGAGCAUUUGGAAGACGAUCCAAAGUAUGUAAAGUUGAGGUUGACUGACGAGUUCAAGGAGCAUGAUUCGCGAUUUAAGAAUGCUCCCUACCUCCAUCACUCGUACCUGCUUCCUGACGCAGAUCACCCCAUGGUUAAUGAUGAAAAGGGUGUGUGGUCGAACGACGUGCACGGUCCGGUACGCAAACUCAUGAAAGCCGAUUUUCCAUGCCACGAAGAGGAUCGAACGGAUGUUUUCAAGUUUCCAAUCGCAUGGCCUGAGCCUGCUAUGGAAUGGUUGGUCCGAUCACGCCCUUGUGGUUGGCCCUCUUCAGAGCUUGUUCAAGAGGUGUUCGACAGUGGUUGUCUUUUAGCACCUGUUGGUAGAGGAAAGCGCCUGUACGAGCCCAUCGAUACCUUUGAGUAUUACCGAAAUCCAGAACAGUCAGCGACAAAUUCCGCAAUGGCUGAUGCAGAGGGGAAAUGGGCCAUGGAAGAAACUGAGUGGAGAAUUUCAUUUUCACUGGCGGAAAACAAGCUCGGACGGAGUGUUUCACCCGUUCAACGGCACGUUAUGGUUUUGCUGAAGAUGAUCAAAAAAGCUUACUUUCCAGAUGUUAUUUCGACGUAUUAUUUGAAGAACCUGCUGUUCUGGGAAUGCGAGAGUAAAGGAGAAGCCUUUUGGAGAGAGGACAACUUCGCUAAGUGCCUGUUGUCUAUGCUGGAUCGUCUACACGAGUGCUUAGAGACCUCAGAUCUUCCAUAUUACUUCAUGCCUCAAAGCAACCUUCUUCAAUAUGAAGACACCGCUAAUCUCAAAGAAGCUGCUAUUGUUGUCGCCGAGGUGAGGAGAGAGAUACUACCGAAGACGGUCAGUCUGUUGAAGAGGCUUCAGUCACUAACGUUUCAGUCAAACACCUACUUGCGAGAUGUUGGCGUACCACUGAAGGAUCAUCUUCUUAAGAUGCAGGACAGACAUCUGUCAGAGGAUGAUCAUGGAAAACUGCUGACUGCUCUGCUUUCACUUUUUGUGGGCAAAUGCAAAGAUGUCAUCAAGAGUUUGCGGAGAACCACGCUUGAACCUGACAAAGGCAAAGGAGUAGAAAAUCUGUUGAACGUUGCUUUGUAUGCUUACCAGUCGAUACUUGCCAGAAAUUUGUACAAGCUGUGGUUCUUAAUGACCAAGGAUGAAGACACCAAAGACGGAGAGAAGGAAGAGGAUGAGUUUACGUCAUUUGUACGCGAGGAAGUGAAGGGCCUUUCUUUAGAUGGCGAUUUCGUUGCUCAGUCCCUCGCCUUCUUCCACAGCGCGAAAAACGGAAUGGAGCCAUCUCGGUCGAUUCUUUGUUCAAGAGCGAUGAAAUACCUUAGGGAAGAACACGUAAGGAUGGCUGUCGAGAGCACAGAAAGUGCACUUGGAGAGUUAAAGGCAAAAUUCAGCUGGUUUAAGGUUAGCGUCUUGAAAGAAGCUGCGGAAAGAGCCACAAAGAAGUUACUAAGAGAGAGUCAUACUAGAGACACACUUUCAAAAGAAGCGAUCCAGAGUGCACUCGAAGAGGAAAUUCAAGCACUUCAUGGUGAAAGAAUAGGAAAAAAGUAAUAUCGUUAAAAAGAAAGGAACGAAGUUGUUGGCAGAAGUUAAAAUAAAGAGAUGAACUGGGGGAAAGAACAUGGGUCAAGAAUUUUCACUCUUCCGUAGAAAUAGUUUGAUUAAGUGUUGAAGUGAGCCACUGACUCGUUCCAAGUUGUAUUCAAAGCGCGUGUGACCGACACGGGCAGGAUGGGAGUGCAAAGUGUGAUGAAUAGGAAGUAAAACUUUUAAUUUUAGAUAUUAGACUAAAUUCGUAUAACUCUUCCAGUACAUUCAUCGGACUGUACUAGACUGUUCAAAACAAAUGGUAGUUGCCUUAGCCAAAAUAUUAUUGGAGCCCAAAGACCAUGGGGAUGCAUGAUUAAGUGUAGCAAUUUUGAAUUUACUUGACUUUUUUUACCUUACAGCCGCAACCACACGACGAAAAUCAUUAUCCUUUGUAGCAUCGGUUUUUUCGGAAUUUUUUUGGAGAAAAUUCAGCGGUCAAAAUGUAUAUGAAUAGGUGUUCACAACUGUUUUUUAUUGAUCUUCUCAGUGAUAGACUCAUUAACUUAUAACGAAAGGAUUACACAAACUCACUUUAUCAACCCUCAUGAAUUCAGCUGAGAAGAGAGGUUGUUCUUUAAGUAUACUGCACUUUUCAUUACGCUUGGCUUGUUGUGAAUUGAAGAUAGUGAAGCCAAUAGGUGCACCUGUGAACUGUCUCAGUAUUAGCCACGCAAAAGAAAACGGAAAAACCUCGACAUGAAUUCUUUCUUGUAAAAAACGUCGAUCAAUAAAUAAUUUUUAUAAACUGCAUUUCUAGUGAAAUCAUGCA